AUGUUUGCAUCUUCAAUCAAGUCCAUCUUUCUACUCGCAGCUGCGGCAGUGGCACUGCCAACUUCAGGGUCUAACCAAACAAAGCCUUUUAUUUGGGACGGUGGUGCCGUUAGUCAAUUUCCCAUCCACUCCAGCUGCAAUGCAACCCAGCGCCGUCAGAUCGAGGUAGGGCUAAGCGAGGCUGUGUUCCUGGCGGCUCAUGCCCGAGACCACAUUCUGCGGUGGAGAAACGAAAGCGAAAUCUACAGAAAAUAUUUCGGCGACAGUCCCUCCAUGGAGCCUAUUGGUGCUUAUGAUGUGGUAGUCAACGGCGAUAGAAAGCACUCCCUCUUCCGCUGCGAUAAUCCCGAUGGAAACUGUGAUAUUGAAGACUAUGCCGGUCACUGGCGAGGUGAGAAUGGCACGGACGAAACUGUCAUCUGCGACUUGAGCUAUGAGACCCGCCGUUCCUUGUCCACUAUGUGCUCCCUUGGGUAUACCGUCUCCGGAUCCGAAACAAAUACGUUCUGGGCCUCGGAUCUUCUGCACCGGCUCUUCCAUGUUCCAACCUUCGGUCAAAACCAUAUUGACCACUUUGCGGAUGGAUAUGAGGAGGUAGUCGAUCAGGCAAUCGAGAAUGUGACACUCUCUACGCAUGAUUCUGAGACGCUCCAGUACUUUGCGCUGGAGGUUUAUGCCUACGACAUUGCCGUGCCGGGUGUUGGCUGCCCUGGAAAGCAGCAUGAACACGAACACAGCUCUGAGAAUUCGAGCUCUCAAUCUACCUCGACGUCUGCAGGCACAUCGGCAGCUACCGAGGCCGCUACCACCACUUCUGAUGCCCCGAAGAACUGUCAUACACACGAGGGCGGUGAGCUUCACUGCACCUAG